AAAAAUAAUAAAAAAGUAUCUACUCGUUUUCUAACUAUCAUCUGAUAUUCAAAUUCAUAGAUUAUAAACACUUUUCAAAUUAACGUCAAGAACAUGGCUAACUGAUUUCUAAUUUGUAUUUUCUAUUAUUAAAAAAAACCCCACAAAAACACACACAGCAAUAUACCAAACAUGUCUUCGUCGAGCAAACGACCGGAAAAUGUACUCCAGAAGAAUUACAAUGUACCAGUGAACACUACUGACACGUCGAUAUUCGACGAGACAUUGUCCACGCUAAAGGAGAGAUUUGAAGCAGAAAUGAGAAGAUAUGACGAAGAAAUGAAUAAUUUCAGUUCAAAGCUUACCCGUUUUUAUGCGCAAAUGAUUCCUACUGGCAUAGCCCUCACGCAGAGCAACGCGCCUACCUCUCAGACAGCCACAAACGUUCCACAGACGGACAAGCCUGUCCAAAGGCUGAAACAAGGCCCUCAGAGCCUGAGGCUUACUCCUCAGACGGAAAGACCAGCCUCGCAGAAUGAGGGACCGACCUCCCCUUUAGGUCUUAUAACUGGUUGGCAAGCGCUUAUCAGCUCUCCUCUAGUUGUUGGUGAAGGGUCUAGCAAAAGCUUGAAGCUGCAGUUUGACGUCAGCCAAUUCAGCCCUGAAGAGGUGACAGUGCAAGUUCAAGAUAACGUUCUGAUGGUGUCAGCACGCCACGAGGAGAAUUCGGACCACACCACAGUCCUCAGGGAGUACAACAAGGAGUUCCUGCUGCCGAAAGGGAUAGACUUUAAGAACCUAGAGUCGUCCCUUUCCCGCGACGGGGUCCUGACGAUAGAGGCACCUUUACCAUUGUUGCCGGUUGUCGAUAGUGAGAACGAAUAGACUGACUUGAUACAAAAGAUGUUUAGUAAGCACAGAUAAUAAACAAGCAAAAAAAUUGACAGCAAAUAAACACUUUGAAAUUUAUCAUAUUUUAUUUGAUCAAUGAGCU